AUGCGCGCGCCGCUUCUAAUCAUAUUCGCGACUUGCGCCGCGUUCGCUGACGCCAUCGGAACGAUGCUCGUCCAGGGACAUGCCGACACAAUCAAGACGCUUCGCAACAUUGUUAUGAAAUCUGCUAAAAUCACCCAUCAUCGCGAUCAAAGCACAUGGCAUUUGCCGGCGCCCGAAGUGACCACAAUGCCCAGCGAUGAUCCAUUGGAUCGACCGCCGAAGCUAAAGACACUCGGCAAACUGCGCGCUCGUCGUCACAUCAGCAACGUCGUCGUCGAAUCCGGCCAAUGCGAUCACAUCGAUCUCGUUGAUUGUAGCGAUUACGAAACCGACGAGAUGACAUGCAUGAUGACGGCGACUGGAAUGACGUGCUGCGUUUGUACCGGCGUCUUACGAGCAGCGAAGCGAACUUUAUUUUGGUAA